CAUGGUCUAAAAUCCUCACAAAAAAAGAGUACCAAAAAACGAAAGAAAUACAAUUUAAACUUCUCUCUUCACUUGCUUCACGUCUCUCUCUUUCUCUUUCAUUUUUAUGUCAUUUUAAUCUCACAGCUCUCAUGAUUUUUACAACAACCAGAGUCUUUAAACUUUAUAUUUUUCUUCAUUAAAAACAAAAAGAGGAUGAAGGAGACGAUCAGGUGCUGCAUCGCCUGCAUCCUACCAUGUGGAGCCCUGGACGUGAUCCGCAUCAUACACUCAAACGGCCAUGUGGAGGAGAUCAGCGGCACAAUCACCGCCGGAGAAGUAAUGAAGGCACACCCGAAGCACGUGCUCAAGAAACCCUCUUCUUCACAGUCUGAUCAUCAAGAACGUGGUGAUCUCAUCUCAGCCACAAAGAUCGUCAUCGUCCCUCCGGAAGCUGAGCUCCAACGUGGGAAGAUUUACUUCCUCGUGCUUGCAGCUAAAUCCGAUAAACGUAAUGCAAAGGCCGUCAAGAAGCGGUCACAGACUCGUCGGCAACGUGAAGAAGGUCAUGAUGAUGAUAAGUCGAAUGGGGAUAAAGAUAAAAGUUACGACAAGGAUGUGUCACUGUUGAUAUCUGAUCGGUACUUGACGGAGAUACUGUCGGAAAAAAUCGCGACUCAAAAAGAACGGAGAAAGGGGCGCGUUGGCGUUUGGAGGCCGCACUUAGAAAGCAUAAAUGAAGAUUGAGGAAAACGCAUCGUUUUCUUUCAAAAGAAGAGUUUUCACUCGUUUUCUUUUGCGGCUGCGAUGCUUAUUAUGUAUUUUAGAAGAUUGGUUCAUAAUAGUCCUUUCAUCAAAAAAAAAAUAUUCAAGAGAAAGAUUUUGUUUACUUUGAAGUUUGAAUCAAAUUUCUUAAAAGCAGAUCAACAUCUUUACUUGGUUACUCCUCAUUUUACAUUUCAAUACAAAUAAUAUAGGAACUAGAAACUUAAAUCAAUAUAUCCUUAUCAAAUGUAUCUCAUAGAGUUUCUCAAAACAUUAUAUAAUAUUUUGGAUAUAUUUUAGUUUUCUUAGUAUAUUCAAAAGUUCAAUAAAUAGACAUUGUUAUCAGUAAAACAAACGAGUAAACUUUUAGCUAAUGAACAAAAAAUUAUAGGAUUUUAGUCUAAUUGUUUUCAUUCUGAUAAUUAAACA